GCCCCCCUCAGCAAGAAGUGAGUCUCCGGCGGCCCCAUGCUCGGCCUCGGGCGGCUGCUGAGGGGCCGCUGCCUGGCUUGGGCUCGGCCGCUCCGGAGCUGGAGCGGCAGCGGCGUGAGGGAGGCCCCGACUCGGCGGCAGAGCGAGCUGAAGCGCCGCCUGAAGGCGGAAAAGAAAGUGGCGGAGAAGGAGGCGAAGCAGAAGGCGCAGGGCGAGAAGGCCUCGGCGGGUGGCCUCGACUGUGCCGUAGCCGAUGAAGAGAGCCUUGAUCCCAACCAAUACUAUAAGAUUCGCAGUCUUGCCAUCCAGCAGCUGAAGGGCACCUCUGAAGAUCCCUACCCACAUAAGUUCCAUGUGGAUCUGUCCCUGACAGACUUCAUAGACAAAUAUAGCCACCUACAGGCAGGAGAUCACCUAACUGAUAUCACAGUGAGACUGGCAGGUCGGAUCCAUGCAAAACGUGCUUCUGGAGGCAAAUUAAUCUUCUAUGAUCUUCGUGGGGAGGGAGUUAAGUUGCAAGUCAUGGCAAACUCCAGGAACUACAAAUCCGAAGAGGAAUAUAUGCACGUUAAUAACAAACUUCGCCGUGGAGACAUUAUCGGGGUCCAAGGGAACCCUGGUAAGACAAAGAAGGGAGAACUGAGCAUUAUUCCGUAUGAAAUCACUCUGCUCUCACCGUGCCUCCACAUGCUACCUCAUCUUCAUUUUGGGCUCAAAGACAAGGAAACAAGAUUCCGGCAGAGAUACCUGGAUUUAAUUCUUAAUGAUUUUGUGAGACAGAAAUUCAUUAUACGAGCAAAAAUUAUAACAUACCUUCGAAACUUUAUGGAUGAGUUGGGCUUUCUGGAGAUCGAGACUCCCAUGAUGAACAUCAUACCUGGUGGGGCUGUGGCAAAGCCCUUUAUCACUUACCACAAUGAGUUGGACAUGAACUUGUACAUGAGAAUAGCACCAGAGCUCUACCACAAGAUGCUUGUGGUGGGCGGAAUAGAUCGGGUCUACGAAAUCGGACGCCAGUUUCGGAAUGAAGGCAUAGAUUUAACUCAUAAUCCAGAAUUCACGACCUGUGAAUUUUACAUGGCUUAUGCAGACUACCAUGACUUGAUGGAGAUCACGGAGCAGAUGGUUUCAGGAAUAGUGAAGCACAUCACUGGUGGAUACAAGAUAAAGUACCACCCCGAAGGCCCAGAGGGCCAGGCCUAUGAAAUCGAUUUCACGCCACCCUUCCAGAAGAUCAGUAUGGUGGAUGAGCUGGAGCGAGUCCUGGGGGUGAAACUUCCUGCAACAGAUCAGUUCAACACAGAAGAAACUCGCAAAUUCUUUGAUGCUCUCUGUGAGGAGAAAGGAAUUGAAUGUCCAGCCCCUCGGACUACAGCCAGGCUGCUAGAUAAGCUGGUUGGGGAAUGUUUGGAAGGCACAUGCAUCAACCCCACAUUCAUCUGUGAUCAUCCCCAGAUUAUGAGCCCCCUAGCCAAAUGGCAUCGCUUCCGGCCGGGAUUGACAGAGCGUUUUGAGCUUUUUGUGAUGAAGAAGGAGAUCUGCAAUGCUUACACAGAGCUGAACGAUCCUUUCCGCCAGCGCCAGCUCUUUGAGGAUCAGGCCAAGGCAAAAGCUGCUGGUGAUGAUGAGGCAAUGUUUAUUGAUGAGAAUUUCUGCACGGCUCUGGAAUAUGGGCUUCCUCCCACCGCUGGCUGGGGCAUGGGCAUUGACCGCCUCACCAUGUUCCUGACAGACUCAAACAACAUUAAGGAAGUGUUGUUGUUUCCAGCUAUGAAACCUGAAGACAAGAAGAAGAAUGCUGAGGGCACCUCUGUGUGACUCGGCACACUAUAGAGAAGAAAGGCAGGCGGAGGGAGAGGCAGCUGUAGCUCUGAGCAGGCCUGGACAAGCAACUGUAUUCUCCCAGUCAUGAAUAAAGGUGCUUCCGCAUA